CAAAAAACAGUUUAACAGAUCGAACAUAUUUUUACCGAAAAAACUAACUCAUUUCAAUUUCAAAUUGAUUUUGGGUCACUCACUGAUUCACUGCAAUCACAACAAUGUUUUCUUCUUCUUCUUCAUCAAAGUUAACGAGGUAUGUUUUUUGCUUUUCUGUUACAGUUCCCAAAAAUUUCAAUUCAUCUUUUUAUUUCUCCUCCUCAACUUCAACCAUUGAUGAUUCCAUUUCACUGUUCAACCGUUUGCUUCAUAAGAACAAUCCCAUCCCACCCGCCAUUGAAUUCGGCAAGAUUUUAGGUUCCCUUCUCAAAGCCAAACAAUACCAAACCGCUCUUUCCCUUUCGCAACAAAUGGAGUUUAACGGAAUUAAACCCGACUUUAUCACUUGCAAUCUCUUGAUGAAUUGUUUUUCCCAAUUGGGUCAUAUCAAAUUUUCAUUUUCCGUAUUCGCCAAGAUUCUCAAAAAGGGUUAUCACCCUGAUGCUGUAACUUUCACUAUACUCAUCAAGGGUCUUUGUCUUAAAGGCGAGGUUCAUAAAGCAUUGUACUUUCACGAUAAGGUGGUAGCGCAGGGGUUUCAGUUGGAUCAAGUUAGUUAUGGGACGUUGAUCAAUGGGUUAUGUAGAGUUGGCGAAACAAAAGCAGCUGUACAAUUGUUGAGACGGGUUGAUGGAAAAUUGGUUCGGCCUAAUGUGGUAAUGUAUAGCACGAUUAUUGAUAGUAUGUGUAAGGAUAAACUUGUUAACGAUGCUUUUGAUUUAUAUUGUGAAAUGGUUUCUAAAAGAAUUUCUCCUGAUGUAGUCACUUAUAGUUCUUUAAUUAGUGGCUUUUGCGUUGUUGGUAAAUUGAAAUAUGCUGUUGAUUUGUUUAAUAGAAUGAUAUCGGACAACAUUAAUCCGAAUGUGUAUACUUUUAGUAUAUUGAUUGAUGGUUUUUGUAAGGAAGGAAAGGUGAGAGAAGCUAAAAAUGUGUUAGCUGUGAUGAUGAAAAAAAACGUAAAACUUGAUGUUGUUACUUAUAACUCUUUAAUGGAUGGAUAUUGCUUAGUUAAACAAGUGAACAAGGCCAAGAGUUUAUUCAACGUUAUGGCUCAAAGGGGAGUAACUCCUGACGUUUGGAGCUACAGUAUCAUGAUUAAUGGAUUUUGUAAGAUUAAAAUGGUAGAUGAAGCCAUGAAGCUCUUUGAAGAAAUGCAUUGUAAACAAAUUUUUCCAAAUGUGGUAACUUACAAUUCCCUUGUUGAUGGUUUGUGUAAAUCUGGAAGAACCUCGUGUGCUUUGGAGCUUGUCGAUGAAAUGCAUGAUAGAGGUCAACCAUCUAAUAUAAUUACUUACAAUUCUAUAUUAGAUGCUAUAUGCAAAAACAAUCAUGUUGAUAAGGCAAUUGUGUUAUUAACAAAAAUUAAAGAGAAGGGUAUUCAACCAGAUAUUUUCACGUAUACUGUUCUUAUUAAUGGAUUGUGUAAAGUUGGAAGACUAGACGAUGCACAAAAGGUUUUUGAAGAUCUUUUGGUCAAAGGCUACAGUCCAAAUAUCUAUACAUAUACUUCUUUGAUCAAUGGAUUUUGUAACAAGGGCUUCUUUGAUGAAGGAUUGGCCAUGCUGUCAAAAAUGAAAGACAAUGGUUGCAUUCCUAAUGCUAUAACUUACGAAAUACUUAUUCAUUCUCUCUUUGAAAAAGAUGAAAAUGAUAAAGCAGAGAAACUUCUUCGUGAAAUGAUAGCGAGAGGUCUACUUUAAUACCGCAACCAGGUGGAUGCAUGAGAACUCUCAAUUAUGUAUGGAGGUGAAAUAUUCUAUACAAGCAUCAACAUGAGGUUGAGAAUGAAUGUUUUGGAAAUACAGUAUCAGAGAUUGAAUAAAGACUAGAGUUUGGAAAGCAAUGUCGGAGCUGUCCCACUUAUCUUGAAGGUUUCAAAUAUUUUGGUAAGGGAUUAAAUUUUGUAGAAGGAUUGAUUGAUUUUUUUAAGCCAAAAGAACAUAGAAAUUGGAACACUGGUUAAUUCAUAAGAGAUUUAGAAUCGGUAUCAAGAAUAGAUGUAAAAAUGUAUCUGAUUUCACAUCUAUCUCUUACAUCAACUGAAGUUCAUGGACCUGUCUUCAAAUGAACAUCUGUUUUUCUUCUUUGUUUGUAUAUGAUUAGACAACAAAAUUACACAUCUAGUCUUUUAAUGCUAAAAUGUCGCUCCCAGAGUUGCUCAUGUUAAUGCAUAUCAUAGUGGAGUUGUUGCCUAUCAUUAUGUUCAAUACUCUCAGCAAGCAUCUUCAACAAGUCUAAAUAGGACAAAUGCAAUCUAAUAUGUUCUGGAAUUGCUUUUGUAAAUUCAUGCUUUUAUCAAUAAAAUGGAUUGUUUUUGGUUCA